CCAACACGAACAAUGCCUAAAGGAUUGAACAGGACGAACAAUAGUUAUUCAUGAAUUAUGUUAGGCAGGUUUCUCGUUUCACAGAUCAACCUGUCAUCUAUGUGCGGCUACUACGUCAUACACUUCUGCGCCGAAUCUGUAGGAUAUGGCUUGUUUGAGACAUAGAAAAUAGCUAGACUUGGACUUGGACUUGGCCGUCAAAUGUGUGCAUUUUCAUACAUACCCAUAGUUAUAUCCACCCACUCGAGCACCAACGAGUAAAAAAAAAAAAAUGGCAUCACCCAACCCCCCACCAACCGGCAGCGACAAGACGAACUUCCCUUCAGACGCAUCACUGCCCGGCGAGCACUUCGAAGUGCGGCAGACGCACCUCACCGGGGACUACAAGCCGGACCCCUCCAAAUCCCUGCCGCUGUCCCCCGCGCGGCAGGCGCUCGUCGACGACAUCAUCGCGCUGUACGAGAUGCGGCCGACGGUGGAGCGGGUGCGGCGGUACACGGCGGACUGCGUGUACAACGACCAGUUCGUGUACGCGAACGACCGCCACAAGAUGGCGGGCCAGUGGUUCGCGCUGCCGAAGCUGUUCAAGAGCGCGCAGAGCCAGGGGUACCAGGUCGUUACGAACGAUCGCGAUCUGAUACAGUUCAGGCAUGAAGAGGCAUGGACCUUCAAGAUCAUUCCCAAGACGGCCGUGAUCAACGCGCUCGUCAGCCUCUCGCUCGACCCAGCGAGCCUCGACAGCGACUUCAUCCGCGUCAAGUACCACAAGGACCAGGCGAACGACCAGGACUACUCUAACGAGGGCUUCGGGGCGACGCUCAAGAAGUGGCAGUCGGACAAUGUCGUGAAGCUGAUGAGCAGCCCGGAGGUCAAGGCGUUCGAGGCCGAUAGGGACGCUGGGAAGGCACCGCGUCGGACGUACGGUGAGGGCCGUGGGGAUGCGCCGGUGAAGGAUCUAUAGGUAGUAAUUAUUGGGCCGUUGCGUAUGCAGGUAC